UCUCAGCUUGAGUCGGAUGCUUUUAGUUUUAUUCCGUUCAAAAGUCAAUUAUCCGCCGGCCUGACAACAGGCUUAUCAAUGAAUUAAUUUAAAUACUUCAGUGAAUUUAUGAAAUAAGUACGAACAAAAUUAAAUCUUAAAACAUGGAGAGCCUACAAAAAAGCUAUGUGAAGUCUCUGCUUCUUCUUGCUUUUAUAUUCGGAUUUAUUGAUCAGGGAAGAACGUCUUUGAUUCCUCCAAACAGCCAGCAGAUCUACAAGCUGCAGAACCAAGUGACACUCGAGGAACUAGGAAGAGAUUCAAGCGCCAAGGAGACGAGUUAUAAAUUCCAAACCGAUCUGAAGAUCAAUUCGGUUUGGAGUCAAGAUGAAGAUCAGUUACUGGAAGUUUUUAUCAGCAACAGCCAAGUUGACGCCUCUGGAAAGGUCCGUUCUAUUACCAACAUACCGGAUAGACCUUUUUAUAUUGGUCUAGUUAAGGGACAACCUGAAAAGGUCAUCGCCCACUCUGGCAGAGAUCAAUCCGUGUUAAAUUUGAAGCGCGGAAUUGCUUCCUUAUUGCAGUUGCGAUUGGAUGGUUCCCAAGAGGAGGAACUAGAUGUUUCUGGCGUGUGUCGAGUAUCCUAUAAUGUGAAAUCCUCAACAAAAGUAGAAAAAAUUAAAAGAGACUGCUCUUUGUGGGAUCUAAGGGUUAACUAUCAUCCUGAAGAAGCUCUGGGGAUUAAGCAGGAAGCCCAGGAAACGAUCUCCUACGAACUAUCCUCGGAGGGUAAUCUCCUAAAGGCAGAGUCCCUGGAGGAUCACCUCCUGAACUUAGCAGCAAAACCAGAUGUGGGAAGCUUGGUGAAAAGUACUCUAGUCCUGCAACAUAUAUCCCAAGGAUCGGAGGAAGUGAAGCAGCUUGAUGUGGGCAGUUUGGAGGAGGCCAUCGAGAGCCUGCUGGAAUGGUAUCGCGUCUUCAGGCUAGAAUCCGAUGUGGAUGGUAUGAUCAGCGAGAUUAAAGAGCAAACUCUUGAGGAACAACUUAAGGCUUCCGUGGAAGCCCUACAAUCUGCGGAUGUGGGCAAAUCCUCUCUGGCUCUGGCUUAUGUCAAACUUAUCCCCUUGGCUCGUGUCACCAGGCAAGAUCAAUUCGAAGAUAUACUCAAGGAGCAUUCGGAACUAUUGCCCCAGUUGGUUGAUCUCUUGGGUGCUGUUCAAACCUUCGAUGCACACAAUGCUACCUUUGGGUUCCUAUACAAAGACGAAGGACUUACAAACGAAGAGUUGGAUCUUCUAGAAAAAUACUUGCAAUCCCUGGCGGUGGCCACGCAUCCAGAUAGGAAAAUAGUCGAACACUUGCGGGGAUUUCUGGAUUUACAAUCAAUCAAAAAACAGUUAAAGCUUAAGGAAACCAUUAUCCAAACACUUGCCACCUUGACCCGCCAAAGUGGAUUCGAUGCUGAUGAUCUUUUGUUGCAGAAAGUGCGAUCUUAUUUCCUAAAAGGUAUCGCCUCCAAGAAACCCACUUUGUACAUCAGGGCUCUGCAGAAUCUCCAGGACACCUCCACCAUUACACCCCUGCUGGAACAGGCUCAAAAUGGAGAUAAGCCCAAUUUGUCGGUGGUGGCUUUGCAGGCCCUUAAGGCCUUUCCCCCUGGAAGUUUUACUCCCUCGCAUCGUAAGCAGUUUGAAAGUAUAUUCUAUCAGCGAAAGCAGCGCUUUGAUAGCUCCGUUCGCACUUUGGCCUUGGAUAUUAUCCUAUCGCUCAGGCCAAGUGCAGAGCAGUUGGGUUACCUUUUAGAUUACCUGGCCUCCAAUGAUCGCCAGUUUGAGAUUAAAACCUACGUGCUCCAGAAGCUACGAAUGCUGUCUGAGAAGUGUCGCCGAUUCAGGACCUUAUUUGAAACUGAGCUGGCUAAGAGGAAGCAGGUUAACAACUACAAUGUCCUGGGACAAAAGGGUCUCACGACUGUCCUUUCACGUCAACUUUCUUUGGCGCCUGCCUUUAACGAAUCUCUAGUAAGUACGCAGGAAGUUUAUCAGGGAAUACUCAAGCGUGGUUCUGUGGAAUUCCUGCUCCACGCAGGACGCUCCCAAGUUAGCAAUUUUAAAUUGGGCAUCUACACUGCGGGACUGGGUUCGCUGGUGGGUGAUGGUGACUCCGGCGAUGGAAACGACAACAUUCCGGCAGAUGAUGAAUUGGAGAGCGAGGAGACGGUCACUGCAGGCAUGGAGAUCAGUGUUCAGGGCGCCCAACUGCGACCCCUGAUCUUUUUCAGUGGUCAGACGGAGUUAAUGGGUCAUGUGUGGGGUGGAACUGCCUCAGACUCAACGCCCGCUUAUCAGGCGACUACCUUGGCUCAGGACAACGAGCACUACAUUAUUCUAGCAUCGGGGGCCACUCUACAUUGGCAGGUGUUGGGUGCGAGGAGUGUUGAUCUUAACGGCAAGGUGGGAUUCAGCCUGUGGAACCGAAAUGCCCAGACGGAGAUCCAGCAAAACACUGGCAGCGCUGUCCUGGGUCACUUGGCUGUUGGUUUUACCUAUGCGAAAUUAGUGCAAGAUUUCAGCCUUACCCACGAACCGAAAUUGAGUCUGAACGCUGAUUUGGACUUUUACAGUGGAAUUAAACUAUGCAUGCAGCUUCAGCGACCUGAGCAGAUAUUGAAGCAAACCAACGUUCGUUCAGUUUUCCUGCAAUCUGUGGAUCGUCCUUAUGCCAAACAUGUAAGAUCUACUCUGUCCCACACAACUGCUGGCUGCACUUUUGCCCUCAAUCAGAAGAACAACGAAAUGUGCAACAUGCUAUUGAGCGACCAAUAGAGAUUGUCGCUGAGAUUAUUUGAAAGACCUCAUUUAAACAGAGAUAAACAUUUAAAAACUGUAAUACUAAAAACUCAGAGAUUAAGACUAGAUAUAGUUGUAAACUCAAACGAACAAAUACAAUUUAAUUUUCUUAACAAAA